AUGACCAAGAAACGGAAAGCUUUCUCGCCUCUGCAUGCGAAUACGCUGGGAUCCUCCCCUUCGCAACGGAGCUCCUCGACAUCCUCAUCGUUGCCGCGUUUGGACAAGGACGACGACUUUCUGUCGCGUCCACCGAAGAAGCCACAGCCUGUGCGGAGUAGUGAUACCAAGACGCCGCGCAUCAGCAAUUGUACGAACCCCCAGGGAUUGGUACGUACCACAACCGCGGUCCCGGCUCCGUCCACGGCAUCGUUGGGAGCCACAUCCCGUACCAGCCGUCCCUCCAAGGCGCGUUCCAAAGUACCCCGCCAGACAAAGAGAACCUUGAAGAAACCUCCACCACCAAGGAUUCAGCAGUCAAACCAGCCUGCGGACCAAAGUCGAGCAGAUGUGCCCAAACGUGAAGCACAGGGACCGGGAGUGAUCAUUCCUUCGAAUCCGCAAACGUCCAAAGAUGACACACAACGACAAUCGCGCCGGUCCACCUCCACCCUGGAAACAAUAUUGGAAGAAGACUCCUUGUCUUCCAACGGAUCUUACGGUCCUCAUGGCAUAUCCACUAUUAAAGCAGCUAUCCAAGCGUGUUUACCGAAUCCCUCUUUACCAACAGCAAAUCCAAGUCGCCCAAUACCCAUCGCAUCUUCGCACCACGUCAUGGAUCCACAGCAUUGCCAAACAAAAUCGCCUCACUUUCAAAAACUGAACGCAUCAUCGUCGGCUCGCAACUGCUCGGAUGACGACAUGCAGCUUUCCUCGGACGAUGAGACUCUGUCACUGUCGUCUCCCGAAACAAGCAUACCAAAUGUUCCCGACAGGGCUAUCCCCUACCAAAAGGGGACUUCCCACGCUCUUCAUUCUUUUGCUCGGGGCUCAAUAGAUCACACAACGAGCCGUCUGAGAGACGGUAGAGGUCUUCCAAAUGCCACCUUCCAGUCCAAUGUCGGCAAGUCGGUGACCAAUGGUUCCUCAAACUUUGAUGUUGCCACUAAAAAUGGGGAGCAACACAUUACGAAAGCAUUGAAGGCUCAGGUGACGGACAAGGCAAUGCAGCGCUUUUUGGACACCCCGGUCGACAAUCCGGACGUUGUCAAGGCCAUGCUGGCUAAUAGCGACCCAUCGCAAGGGCUCAUGGGACUCUCGCUACAAGUUCAAGCUGGAGAUGAUAAAUCUUUGGCUCAAAGCGAAUUGACCGAUCAGACUGACUUGGACUCUUUCACGAACACUCGGCACGACAUUCAUGAAGGCUUCGAAUCAGCUGACGGCUGGAUGGAGCCGCGGACUUGGACUCGUUUGGCUGCCCGAAACGCGUUACGAGAUCAAACUGGGAAGCUAUGCGCCGUGCCCGGACGAGCCUUGUUUUCUCCAUCUUCCGAGCCGAUUAAUGCUGCAUGCAACUCGACGCCGCACGAGUCUUCGGUACAAUCGGCAAAGCUUUGGACAGCCAAGGAGGCGAACGAUUUUAAUCCAGCCCCAAUAUUUGUUUUACGUGAUGGAAAGCGGUACCGCCACCCACCCUUGCCACCGGGAUGGAUGAUUGGAGUCUCACAGACCAAGAACCGGCCCUACUAUUACCACACGGAUUUUGGAACAUCCUUCUCUUGUCCUGUCCACCUACCUGAUGACGAUGGACAGGUUUAUGGCGAUACUCCUUCACCCGUUCCGUCUGCAUGUGCAAAGAGUUGCGCAAGCCUGUAUAGUUCUACAGUAGGUCAUGACGAAGCUUCAAGAGGAAGGGCGUCGACCAUAUCAUCAAACACUGUCUCUUUGCAAGCAUCCAGAAAAAGCAAAUUCGCAUUAAGUCCUGUAUCAAAAAGGGAUGGGCUUACUGUAGUCAGCUGUAGAUUGCAAAGUUCCCCUUCCUUCGAAACACCGAAAAAGACAAACGACGCAGUGGAAACCAUUGAAUUGGGAGUGUGCGUGCAUAACAUCACAAAAGAGCAUUCCCAUAUGACCCCAGCAGUCCAUGAAAGUGAAUACGUGUCCGGAAAUCCGCUCACUUCUUCUCUUCGAAACAGCAAGGGGCACGAGGCCCAUCUAGAAGAGCAUACGGAACAAUUGAAACUAGCCCAGAAUCUUAUCAGGACGUCCACAAAUAAAAUGUUUAGUCCACUGUCAUUGGCAAUGAGGAAGAAGUCCUGGCCUCGGGGUCAGGGAUGUGUGGCCAAUGCUCGUAUGCCGGACAACGAAUUUGACGCUUCCAGCAGCGAGGAUUCUCGCGUGCGUUCAGAAAAAGUUUUGUGUUCGACAACGCACAACCCGACUUCCCAUCUUUACUCUCUAUCAUCCCCUCACGGCACUCACACCAUUGAUCGACGCGACUCCUUGAGGACAACCGAAAAUCUGUCGAAUUAUGCCACCUCUGGAGCAAAGUUUCCCGAAACCUACUUGCCUAAAGAAGGCGUUGACAGAUUCUUCGUCAACCGGAUCUCUGAGGCCCCUGACAAGACGGUAGACAUGAGCAGUUCUGUUCCCUCAAAAUCUUCGUUUACCCUACAUUCAUCUCGUUUAAGCAGCCCGAGUAACGUUGAAGGUGACUCAAGGCAAGGAUUGGCUUAUGAGAGGGGGAAGGAUAGUGACGAGAUUCCAGGUGUGGCCAACGAUGACUUCCCAGAUGUCGAGUACGACGAAAGUCCGAUCGGACUACCCACCAUCGGUGACAGAGAUAUGACAAUCGGCCUCCGACAGAAGCUAGACUUCACGUCCACCGACCAAGAAUUGGAGGAGAUCUUACCUAUUGAAAUGUCUGCAAGCAGGCGAUCGUCAAGACUCCAACCUUUUGUUCUGACAUCCACCGGAUCCAAAGACGACGAAAUAUCCGCGUUGGGAGUAGACGAUCUCUCCCAACAAAGCAGAGUAGAAGAUUUUAUUCAAGAGAGGGGUGAGAUACGGAGCCAUAGGUCUUUAGGAGGAUCUGCGUCGACGUUUGGUACAAAUUUUAGCCACCGGGUGCGACAUCCGCCAAUGCCACUGUGCAGUUUACAGAACGUUGGACAGCUCGAGCGAUAUGCCUCACCGAGUCACAAACUUUCAAGGAAAUCAAGAGACAAACGGGGACGUCGUAAGUCGAAAGGCGACCUGAGAGUGAUCUCGCCGCGAAUUUCGGUGAUGGUGUCGAACUGA